GGCAGCGGCUACAAUACCUCGAGAAAUUUUACUUGAAAUAUUGUCGAAUGUAGACGGAAGGACCCUUACUCAAUGUACUUAUGUCUGCAAGAGUUGGAAUCGACUAGCGUCAGAGAGUUUAUUUAAAGAAUUGUGUUUAGACACUUGUCACGUCUAUAAAGUUAAACAGAUUUUAGAAGGAGCCCCUAAUAAUCCAAUCUACUUUAAACACUGCGCAAAUGUAAAAAAAUUAACUUUGAAAAACACGAAUCGGGCCAAUUUUUAUGCAAGGCUCGAGAAAUCCACUAUCGAUCCCAUAUACGCGUUUACUCAGGAGCAGCUGAUAACACUUUUGGAGUAUAUGCCAAAUCUUCAAACAUUAAACUUGGAAACUUUCCACCGUGAAAAGUACUUGGAAUUUAUUCUUAAAUCAAACUCAACACAGUGUUUAAAUCAUAUUCAAGCUAUAGUUUCUACCCAAUCAUGUAGCUACUCCAGCGCAUACAGGUCUGAAUUUUAUUUUCCCGUUUGUUACAAGUACCGUGCAACUUUAAUCGAGCUUGAUCUUGAAGACCUGUAUUCUGGAUAUCACUAUGACAAGACUCUUACUCUUUUAAGCCAUUUCAUAUCAUUGAAGACUUUAUGUUUGCGUAAUCCUCUUGAUGAAUCUUUGACUAUAGCUGACCUUUUGAAGGCUUCCCCAAAUUUAGUCACACUUGAUAUCGACAGAAGAGUACAUAUUUUCAGACCUAGUGCAAGCACUGCUCCUUCAUAUUACCUCAAUCAGAACAAAUCUAAGAAUACAGUCAUAAAAAAACUAGUCUUGGCGAUGCCUUCAGUACCAAAGGGAGAGAUUAUCUACAUAAAUGAUUGCCUAUCCACUCAAUUGCAACAUUUGAUUGUGGACCUUGAUACUGAUUUAAAUGAAUGGAUAGGAAUAGUAGGCAUAGAAAAUGUCUUGAAACUUGUAAAACGAAUGGGCACCAUGAAACAGUCGGCCUUAACUUUUGGUAGUAGAACACAACCCAUUCAGUCCAAUAUGACAAAUUAUUUCAAGGUUUUCAGCGCAUUUAAACAAGACAAUUUGACUUGCACGGCUGUAUACGGUAAAAAGAGUGCCUUGCGUAAUAAGUCUUUGUUUGAAUAUGGUUUACAAAAAUGCGAUUACUACCGCCAAACAGAGGAUGGACAACGCGUGAUUGAAAUAGCCUUACCAGAUACUAGUUAUUCCACUAUUGGGCCAAAAAAUUUCAAUGGUCUAACAAUUGAAUUAAACGAACCGGAUUCAGAAUUAGCACCUGCCUUUCUAAAAUAUGCAAUGGUGAACUGUCCAGGACUUUGGAGAUAUGAUUAUAUAAAUUCAGCUAAUUCGCAUAGAAUUCGAAUUCAAGUCCGUAGAAACCCAGCCCAACCAUACGUUAUUGGAGACUUUACAAAUGAAAAAGAAAUGCUGACAGUUUUAGCUACUGGUAGUGUCAUUCCAUCCAAAUUGAUUAUGGAUCAAAUUGCUUUUUGUUUACCGCAUAUCGAAAUUUAUUCCGUUAGCGAGGCAUCUUAUAGAUGGUUAAAUAAUGUUAAUCAUCCAAUCGAUACUACUGCUUUCAAGAACUUGAAACGAUUUUAUCUGGAUCUUGGUAGAUUUUACGUUGGGGUUCAUAUCGAGUAUACUGACGGAGAUAAAACGCAUUAUCUUUUUGAAGACAGUUACCAGACUUUGAAAGAAAACUUGUUUUCCGUCAUACUAAAAAUGUUGUAGUUGCAGAAAUUCAAAAUGGCCAACUUCGCGAUUAUAUCAGCAAGAGCACAGACUAUAAUAACAAAUGUUUUAUGUUGGAGAAAAAAAACUAUACGUAUUCCCGAUAAAUAAA